CUUCUGGCUCCUCGCUCGCUGCUUCUUCGGCUGUCCGCGUUCGCCACCAGCCCACCCGGAGCAGCGGCAAAGGCACAGGCGGCAGCAGCAGCAGCAGCAGCAGCAGCGCCGGCGGCCUCUUCUUCCCCUUCCCGGCGGAGGAGCAGCCAGCGGGGGCUGCGCGAUGGCGGUGGAGGAAGAGGGGCUGCGCGUGUUCCAGAGCGUCAAGAUCAAAAUAGGAGAAGCCAAAAACCUUCCUACCUAUCCAGGGCCAAACAAGAUGAGAGAUUGCUACUGUACUGUAAACCUGGACCAGGAAGAAGUUUUCAGGACCAAAAUUGUGGAGAAAUCACUAUGCCCGUUUUACGGAGAAGACUUUUACUGUGAAAUUCCACGGAGUUUUCGUCACCUGUCAUUUUACAUUUUUGACAGAGAUGUUUUCCGCAGGGAUUCAAUCAUUGGGAAAGUAGCAAUAUGGAAGGAAGAUCUGCAGAAGUACCACAACAGAGACACCUGGUUUCAACUGCAACACGUUGAUGCAGAUUCAGAAGUACAGGGAAAGGUCCAUCUAGAGUUGAGGCUCAGUGAAGUCAUAACAGAUACUGGUGUCAUUUGCCAUAAGCUUGCUACACGAGUUCUAGAAUGCCAAGGCCUGCCAAUAGUGAACGGCCAAUGUGAUCCUUACGCAACGGUUACGUUAACAGGACCGUGCAGAUCAGACGUCAAAAAGACUAAAGUUAAAAAGAAGACCAACAAUCCACAGUUUGAUGAAGUGUUUUACUUUGAGAUUACCAGACCCUGCAGUAAUAACAAGAAGUUCCACUUUGAAAUUGAAGAUGCUGAUGAAGUGGACAAGAUGGAAAUCAGAAUUGAUCUCUGGAAUGCAAGCAACUUGAAGUUCGGCGAUGAGUUUUUGGGAGAACUAAGACUACCUCUGAAAUUUCUCCGGCAAUCCAGCUCUUAUGAAGCAUGGUACUUCCUCCAGCCCAGAGAUAAUGGCAACAAGUCACUGAAACCAGAUGACCUGGGUUCCUUGAGGUUAAAUGUGGUUUACACAGAAGAUCAUGUCUUUCCCUCAGACUAUUAUAGCCCACUUAGAGAUCUCUUCUUAAAAUCUGCAGAUGUUGAGCCUGUUUCAGCAUCUGCUGCCCAUGUGUUGGGUGAAGUCUGCAGGGAAAAACAGGAGGCAGCCAUACCUUUGGUGCGGCUCUUCUUACACUAUGGCAAAAUUGUGCCUUUCAUUAGCGCAAUUGCAAAUGCAGAAAUCUGCCAGGUACAUAAACCAUGUGAAAUUGAUCCUGUGAAGUUGAAAGAUGCUGAAAACUUGGAAACUAACAGGGAAAAUCUGCGGCAAUAUGUAGACCGGAUUUUCACUGUCAUUACGAAAUCUGGGGUCAGUUGUCCUACAGUGAUGUGUGAUAUCUUUUUUUCACUGAGGGAGUCAGCUGCAAAACGUUUCCAAGGUGACCCAGAUGUUAGGUACACAGCUGUAAGCAGUUUUAUUUUCCUGAGAUUCUUUGCUCCUGCAAUUCUUUCUCCAAACCUCUUCCAACUCACACCACAUCAUCCAGAUCCACAGACCUCAAGAACGUUGACGCUUAUAUCCAAGACUAUACAAACAUUAGGCAGCUUAUCAAAAUCUAAAUCUGCCAGUUUCAAGGAAUCUUAUAUGGCUUCAUUUUAUGACAACUUUAAUGAGCAGAAGUAUGCAGAUGCAGUAAAAAAUUUCUUAGAAUUGAUUUCAUCCUCUGGAAGAAGAGAUCACAAGAGCAUAGAGCAACCAAUACUACUUAAAGAAGGGUUCAUGAUAAAGAGGGCACAAGGUAGGAAACGAUUUGGUAUGAAGAACUUCAAAAAGAGAUGGUUUCGACUCACUAACCAUGAAUUUACUUAUCAGAAAAGCAAAGGUGAUCAUCCACUAUGUAGCAUUCCGAUUGAAAACAUUCUGGCUGUAGAAAAAUUGGAAGAGGAGUCAUUCAAAAUGAAAAACAUGUUCCAAGUGAUCCAGCCUGAAAGGGCCCUGUAUAUCCAAGCAAAUAACUGUGUCGAGGCCAAGGACUGGAUUGAUAUCCUCACCAAAGUUAGCCAGUGUAACAAGAAACGUCUCACUGUCUAUCACCCCUCGGCAUACCUUAAUGGGCACUGGCUGUGCUGCAAAGCUACUGCGGAUAAUACCCCUGGCUGUACUCCCUGCACUGGGGGCCUACCAGCAAAUAUACAAUUAGACAUAGAUGGAGAUAGAGAAACUGAACGCAUCUACUCCCUUUUUAUUUUGUAUAUGUCUAAACUGGAGAAAAUGGAAGAGGCUUGUGGCAGCAAAUCUGUAUAUGAUGGGCCAGAACAGGAAGAGUACUCGACCUUUCUCAUCGAUGACCCUCAAGAGACCUACAAGACACUAAAACAGAUUGUCGCAAGUGUUAAAACCUUAGAGCAGGAACAUGCCCAAUACAAGAGGGAUAAGUUCAAGAAGACAAAAUAUGGGAGCCAAGAACAUCCCAUUGGAGACAAGAGCUUCCAGAGUUACAUCAGGCAGCAGUCAGAAAUUUCAGCACAUUCCAUUUGA